UGGUUGGAAGUUUCAAACUACGACAUAAAAACAGUGCUCUUUAGGAGUUUUUUUUGUUGAAUAAAAUAUAUUCUGUUGUUACAAACGUAUUGAAGGCCAAAGGUAUGGCUAGUGGUUAUCCUAGUGCACCUCCUCCACCUUAUGCUGGGAACGAAUCCUACCAACAACAGCCUCCUCAACCGCCAUAUUCACAGCCUUACAGUUCUUCUCCCUAUCCACCUCAAGGCUAUUCUGCUCAACCUAAUCCAAAUCAGCCUUAUGCAAGUCAGCCUUAUCCCAGUCAACCACCUUCACAACCACCUCCUUCAGAGCCGUUCGGAUCACAGCCUUAUCAUUAUGGAGGAUCAGAAGAAUCGAAUGAUUUCAGUACGGCUGGAGCAUUUACUGAGAGGUCUAUUCGUGCAGGCUUCAUCCGCAAGGUUUAUUCAAUUCUCAUGUGUCAACUUGUUGUGACGGUAGCAUUUAUUGCAUUUUUUCUGUAUUGUGAACCGGUACAGAAUUAUGCGGAAAAGCAUGUCGGACUAUUCAUUGCAGCAGUGGUGAUGUCAUUUGUUCUAAUCAUUGCUCUUGCUUGUUGUGAAAGUCUGAGGAGAAAGUUCCCCCACAAUAUCAUUCUUCUGAGCCUAUUUACUCUUUGUGAGGGAUUUCUGUUGGGUGUUGCUGCCAGCACAUACGAGGCUGAUGCCGUUCUUAUAGCAGCAGGAAUCACAACCGCUGUUGUUCUUGCCAUUACGCUAUUUUCAUUCCAAACCAAGUAUGAUUUCACAAUGAUGGGAGGAAUGCUUUUUGUCGCGCUGAUCAUUCUUAUUUUGUUUGGAUUUUUGUCCAUCUUCUUUUACAACAAGAUUGUUAACCUCAUUUAUGCCUGUCUUGGAGCAUUGAUAUUCUCACUUUAUCUGGUGUAUGACACACAGCUUAUGAUGGGCGGUGGGAAACAGUACGCUCUUUCUCCAGAAGAAUACAUCUUCGCUGCCCUCAAUCUUUAUCUGGAUAUCAUCAAUCUCUUCCUCUUCAUUCUCAGAAUUGUUGCCGCGGCGAAAGGAGACUAAUAAAUGACUUGUUUAAACGACGAGGGUGGUAGAGGCAGGGGCUUGUUCACGUUUCACGUGACGAAACACCGCUAUUAAGUAUAGCUAAACGUGUCUAACUGAAUAAAUGGGCAAUUUCGAAAAAGCAUGAAUAAUCGUAACUUAGUUUUAAUGUUUUUCUCAACCCGGGGUGCGGAAAAGCUGGACAUCAAAGCAUUUCUUCGCUUGGUAAUCAUGGCUCACAUGCAGGAAGCAUAUAUAAAUCACAUUUCACCACAAAGUCUUAGCAUGCAAAGCACGGCUCACAUCUACUACCCUCAAAGUUUGAAUAGUACAAAAUUCAUUCAAUACGUAAGAUUUCGCGACAGGAUUCUGAUUUUACUCUAAUUUGCGACAUGGCGAUUAACAAUGUAGAUAUAUAAUUAUUAGGUAGUUCACGUAUAUUUCAAUAUUACCCGGCAAUUGCGAUGAUAUAGGUGCUGGGCCGGCAAUAAAUAUACGCGGUUUACCAACGUACUUAUAAUUAUAUAACUGACGUGAAAACGAGGCCGAUUAUUCAACGCUAUUCAGC